AGACACAAAGAAAACAGUAAUCUUAUGUAUCAUCUGAUACAACACUACACUGUCACUUUUUAAGGAUUGAAAUUCAUUAUUUGAAGAAGGCCACUCCAAAACAAACAUCUCUUUUCACUUUUAUUGUUCAUGAUUUUGUGGGGUCCAACCUCUGCACACCAAUAAGUCUGUUAUUUGCUGCUUUUUCCCACUCAUACGGUUACUCUGCAUGAUCAUGAUACAGAACAUGCCCGCGGGAAUCUAAUCAAUUACCACUACCUAUUUUUCUUCCAAAUGUUACCAAAUACACACGUUCUAACACUUUUACAAUCAUAGGAUGCCACCAUCAAUCCCCUUUCCUCAAUUCACCAAAAUUCCUUCUAGAGUGCCCAUAGAUAAAGACAAUAAACAAUAUAAUAGAAAUUAGAUAAGGGUGAAAAUACACAAAAUCGUAGUGCAUAUAUUAUAUAUAUAUCUUUCAAGAUGAAGCCUUUUCUUUUUCUGCAAGCAGGUACGUAAUAGCAGAUCGAUUCAAAUCAAACCAAUAAUUAAUCUUAACCACCCCAACUUUUUCUUUUUCUAAAUUUCACUCGUGGAAUACAAUACAAUACAAAACAAUACAGCACAGAACAAAACUGCUUGGUAUAUAAACACCAGAGGAAUGAGUGAGCGAGAAGAGAGAUAAUUAAAUAAAGUAUAGCAAGUAUAUUAUUAUUGAACAAGAUGCAAGGUCACACUACGAAAAAGGAAACUGAUACUCACUCUACCAUGCCACCAUUCUCUCAAAUCCCACCUUCUUCUUCUUCUUUUCUUCACCCUUCAACCAUUGCCGAAGCAACUGCUAACAUCACCAGCAGAAAGCGUGUUAAGAGAACGAGUCACUCCAAUUGUGGGAGCGUUAACAUGGAACGUGAAAGAAGGUCCAAGAUGACUCAAAUGUUCACUCAGCUUCAAACCUCUGUCCCUGGUCUCUUACCUCAGGCUACAAGAGAAGUGAUAAUAAACGAGACAAUUGGGUACAUAAAGGAGCUUGAGAAGAAGAAGCAGAGAUUGGAGGAGUUGAAGAAGUUGAAGGAGACCAUGAAAGGAGUGGAAGGAUCCACCGUUGAAUGUGGUAACAAUAAUAGAAAUUGUUCACUUGUGGUUACUGUUUCUGCUAAUGUUGCAUUCUUUGGUAUUCAAUGGGUGCCUCGACCAGGUUUGGUGACACAAAUUUUGAAGGUGUUUUGCAAUCACCAAGCAGAGAUUUUGGCUGCAAAUGUGACUGUUAAUAAUGGGAAAUUGAUAUUGGCAAUCACAGCUUUGGUGCAAAACAAUGGAAACUGUGUGGUUGAAAAGAUUAAAAGAGAAAUUAUGGGUUUGUAGGAUCAAAACAAUUGCGUUAGAUCACAUGGUGUUUGAUUUUGGUACCAUGUCACAGAUGAACAUCACCAGCAAAAACACAAUUACUAUGGUGUUUGAUUUUUUUUUUUUCUUAUUCUUGGUGAAGAAAUUGGAGAACAAUUUAAGUUACUUUUGGCCUAAGAAGGAAGGCAUAAGGGUGUUUAGAUAAAGAAGAAAAGUGAUUCAUUGUCUCAGAGCAUGUGAUGGACACACAGACAUAUAAUAUGUUUUGCUUUGUGUUAUAUUUCUUCCUUCUAAGGUGGAGCAUUAGAAAUUUGUAGCAGAAAAUGAAGCACUUGUGGAAGAUUUUGUUUUGGGAAGUGAAACAGAAGCAUG